AUGACUCCUUCCUUCCUCGUGGGAAGUACAUUACGUCCACACUCCCAUUCUCUCAAUCUACGUGUCCUGAGCCCAACAGGGUUCGCAAAAAUCCAUUCCCGGGCAUUCUCUAAAUACUCUACGCUGCUUAAUUCCGACCACCACAGUCAAAAACUGCCCAGCCAUCCCCAAACACCCGCACCUGCUGCAACCACGAGAAUGGGUAAAAGGAAACGAACGCCCAACCAAGGACCCAUUGCCCCGAACCCAGCCCCCGCACAUGCAUUCCCGGUAACGCUAGAAGAUGGCACUGAGUGCACUGCGGUGAGGGAGGGUCUGGCGACGGUGCUGUUUCCGAGGUUUGUCGCUAAGAAGGAUAAGAGUGGGAAUGAUUUGGUGGACGGGCAGGUAUUCUAUAACCCAGUUCAGCAAUUUAAUCGAGAUUUGAGUGUUUUGGCCAUCCGAGCUUUCGGGGAAGUUUUUUUGAGGGAGAAGAAAGCGAAAAAGGCGGCCAAGAUGAAGGGGGAUGAGGAUGAGAGACCAAUGAAAGCGGACAUACCGCCAAAAUUUUCGAUCCUGGAUGCGCUCUCAGCGACCGGCCUCCGAGCACUCCGCUACGCUCUCGAAAUCCCCUUCGUCACCCACACGACCUCGAACGACCUGGAUCCUUCUGCCAGCCAAUCCAUACGCCGCAAUAUCCACUUCAACAAAACCCACACCACAAAGACCGUCGACCCAGCGCUCACUCCUGAUGCUGCCUUGUCCAAGAUCCAGUCACGGGACUAUCCCUCUAGUAAAUAUGACGUCAUAGACCUCGAUCCCUUCGGCACUGCAGUCCCAUUCCUCGACGCAGCAGUUCAGGCGGUGAGUGAUGGGGGGCUACUCUGCAUCACCUGCACGGACGCCGGGGUGUGGGCUUCAAUGGGCUAUAGUGAGAAGUGCUUUUCGCUGUACGGCGGGAUGCCGAUUAAGGGGGAGUGGAGCCACGAGGCGGGUCUCCGGCUGAUCCUGUAUGCAACGGCAACUACGGCGGCAAGGUACGGGUUCUCUAUAGAGCCGCUGUUGAGUCUCAGCAUAGACUUCUAUGCUAGGGUGUUCGUGCGGGUGCGUAAAAGCCCGCGGGAGGUUAAAAAGCUAGCAAGUACGAGUAUGAUAGUAUAUAAUUGUGAUUCGGGGUGCGGGUCUUGGAGGACGCAAUCCCUAGGAAAGCGCAAGGAGGAGAAAAACAAGAACGGGGAUGGAACAUAUCUAAAAUUCGGAUUAGCGAUGGCCCCAACCACAAGUUCAGAAUGCCCUGAUUGCGGAUUUCCUAUGCAUCUCGGUGGCCCAAUGUGGUCCGGCCCCUUGCACUCUCCAACCUUCAUAACUCACCUCCUCUCAGCCCUCCCCGCUCAACCGCCCGAAAUCUACCAAACCCUCCCGCGCAUAACCGGCAUGCUCCAGACCGCUCUACAAGAAUCCACACUCCCGAACUCUCCGUUCUUCUUUGUGACCAACUGCCUCGCGCGGACCCUACACUGCGAGGCCCCGCCCUUGGCCGCUUUCCGCGGCGCGCUCAUGCGUCUCGGAUACACCGUUGUGCGGAGCCACUGCAAGCCCACCUCCGUCAAGACUGACGCCCCCUGGAGCCUCAUCUGGGAGGUCAUGCGCCGGUGGGUCCGCCAGAAACCGGCUGGUCAGGGGAAGGUGGGCGGGGCGAUGGCUGGUUAUAAGAUUUUGAAAUUUGGAAUAAAGGAGAACGCGGAUAAUGGCGAGGGAUCUGCGAGGGAGAAGUGGAGGGCGGAGAAGGAGAAGGAGGAAAUGGAGAGGUUGACUGCGCUCGAGAUUGUGUUUGAUGAGGGGCUUGGUAAGGAUAAGGAUAGAGUGAAGGGGGUUGUGAGGUAUCAAGUGAACCCGACGGCGAAUUGGGGGCCCUUGAAGAGGGGGAGGGGGGUCGAGGCUCUAAUUGGAGAGACUACUGCGGUCGAGGAGGGGGGUGGGGGCGAGCUAGUGGAAAGGGGGGAAGAGAGUGACGAAGAAGGGCGUGUGAGUAAGGAGGCCAGGUGA